AUGGCGAUUCUGCGGCCGCGUCGCAGAUCCAGGAGACACCAAUGGGAUGAUCGAGCAGAUAUGGCAGAUAUGGCAGAUAUGGACGCCAUUGGGAGAGUGCAGAGCCAAGCCCUGAAGAUUCAGGAUUUGAAGCAUCAACUUCGUUCACGGCCUGGCCUGGCUUCGAGCGACCAGUCAUCUCGCGUCUCCUCUGGGCAGGAUGCGUUGCAGCGCGCGCAGCUGGCUGAGGCAGAGGCGCAGAAGUGCCGCGAGAGCAACGAAGCUCUCAAGGCAAGGUGA